AUGCAUAGUCACACAACACAGCCCAAUAUCGAGCAUUCUUUUGCCGACAGUCAAGAUGUCUACGGUUCCUCGCAGUGGAUGCCGGCCAGCGACCACCAGCACACCCACGGCCUGCCACAGCUGACCCCCGAGGACCUGCUGCUGGCGUCACAGCUCCAGACCGGCCGUGACUACGCCAACGAGCCACCACUCAACGCCUCGAUGCAGAGCGUCGCCUUCCACCACAGCCACAGCAUGAGCCGCCAGUCCAUCUCUGCCGACUCCUUUGCCGGCAACACCAGCUUCGACGACAGCCAGAUGUUGGACCGUGACGGGAACGACGACGGGGACUCGUUCAGCGGCUUGCAGCCACCUGCCAAACCAGGGUCGAGGUCGAGCGCAAACAACGAGAUGGAGAUGAGGCAGCUGUUCAAUGCCAGCAAGCACCGCACCUUGCAGGACGUCGCCCUGGAGCUGCAUGGAAACGAGAGGGGCCCAAACUCGGAGCGGACAAGACAGGUGUUCGCGAUGCUUUGGUAUGGGAAGGGCUCGGUACCAAGGGGGCGCGUGUAUGCCAACUACGCGUCGCGUUGUGCCACGGAGAGGAUCACGGUCUUGAACCCUGCCAGCUUUGGGAAGCUGGUCAGAGUUCUCUUUCCUGGGCUGAAGACAAGGCGAUUGGGGGUGCGCGGAGAGUCAAAGUAUCACUAUGUUGGCUUUAGCCUCAAAGAAGAGCUUCCCGAGCCAGAGGCUGUUAACACACAACAAACGGUACCUCUAGGUGACAAUAUGUCUUUCACGCAAAACUUCAACACGCUGCCCAACAACGACGUGUCGACGAGAUCAGAACGAACAGCGUUUCCCACGCCAGAUCUCGGGAGUCAACCAGGACUCAAGGUUCCUCGGUCUCGCGAGUUCCAGCACAGUCUCUACAACCAACCGCAGGUGUCCAGCUUCGACCAACUGCAACGGACGAUGGACAAGACGGCGAAACGGCUCAAAUUCUCCACCGACACGGGCGAGGCCUUUAAACAAUCAGAUCCGCUCAUACUUCCUAGGAUCGAACCAUUUUUACCAAGCGGGACCGAUGCGGACGCCGCCAAGUCUCUCACGGCCCUGUAUCGAUCACACUGCACAUCUCUUGUCGAAUGUAUCCGUUACUGCAAGGAAAAGACGUUUUUCCAUCUUUUUACUUCGUUUCAGGGCACCCUCACCAUGCCCGUCCAGAAGCUCUUUUCACACCCGGCCAUCGCGCCAUGGAUCGAGGAAUGCGACUUUAUCUUGUACCAGCGCAUGAUGCGGAUAGUCUCAGGCCUCACGUUGCAAGUGGUCCCCAAGCCCGUCCUCGACACGCUGAGGAGCAUAUCCGAGAGGCUCGUUCGUCACAUUAGAGAGUCGUUCCACGGCCAACCGGCCCAUGUAUUACGAGCCAAGGAGGCGCCCGCCGCCCUCUUUGCCGGCCUUCUCGACCGGGCCUUGCGAGUCAACCUCACGGCCCACGCGGCGGCAAACAUGCUGUCGAACCCGGCAAACCGAGACCUGAUGUACGCGGAGUUCAUCUCGAUGAUUAACGUUCGCAAGAUUUCCGAGAGCAUACCGUCGCGGGGCAUGGACGACGUGGUGAAUGUGUUGCUGACGGAGAUGAGGCACCUGCUGGAUCCGGUGAAUGUCCCCUGGGAUAUUGAGUGUCUGACUGUUCACGGGGAUGUGCCUCCGCAAUCGAGGCAGUCGCAGGAAGCUGUUCAGGAUGACACGAGCGCUUCUAAUGUGUUGGAUCGGUGGGUUAACUUCCUGAGGUCUUUGCCGGCGAGGUUUCCGUAUGCGUCGGCGACGGAUGUUGUUUGGUGUGCGCAGCGGUUGGGGACGGCGCUGAUGAGGGAUUUGACGAUUGGGCAGGGGAAGAGCUUUGGGAGCUGGUGGGUGACGAAAUGCUGGCUGGAUGAGAUGGUGGAGUUUAUGGCUGAGCAAGGGGGGUUUAUGCAGCAGAGGGGGUCGGGGGGAUUGGGGGUUGGUUUGGUUGGGGAUGGGCGUGGGGGGCUGAGUGUGGCUAAACGGGGACAACAGCAGAAUAUUGGAGGAGGAGGGUCGAGGUAUAGCAGUGGGAGUGAUGAUUUUCAUCAUUUGGGGGGGAGGAAUGGUGGGGGGGAGCAUGAUGGGUUGUUGGGUGGGGGGCAGCCGGAUAGGGCUGUUUUUCCUAGUGGUCCCGGGACAGGAGGAGGGGGCCAGGGAGGGCAGCAGAAUCCGGAUGAUAGUGGGAUUGGGAUUAGGACGCCGGGCCUCUCUCACAUAGUUGCGGGCCGAGGG